UGAUUUGCUGGAUUAUGGAACGGCGAGAAGGUUGAACACUUUAGCGGCGCACAUGUGGGAAGUCCGGUACCUUGCUGGGUACGUCUGGAUGGGGAACCUGAAUUGGGGUUUCAAGCUUUCCAGCGGCAUGGAAAUUGCAUGUUUCAACGGGCACCAAUGGUGCAAUGAAUCUCUAUCUCAGAAAAUAUCAUCAACUACCGCGGACGCAGUGUCCGAAUCAUCUAUCAAAUUUUUUUGAUCCUAUCGGAUCUCGUCUCGUUCCAUCGUGCCAUCAUCGUGGUGAUCGUGCUUCUGCCAUUUGCUGUCCGUUCAAGGCGUCUUUCGUCCUGGGUCCAUCCCUGUCUCUACUCUCGAUCCCUCCAUCGUUGAGCCUGCAGCGCAGCGUCGCAGCUUUCGCACAGGCUCACCACAUUCAUGGGAUCGUCGUGGGGGCGUCCAUCCUCCUCCUAGCGUCCAGACGAGCCAUUCAUUGUCCGAAACCUUCCUGUGCUGGCGUGCAAGGCAUCAAAUGGAGAGUGACAGCGAGGAUAUCUAUCGAGGUCCGCCCUAGACGAACCUUUCGAGCUGUCAACCCCAAGUCCCCAACAACGACGCAUACCUACCCCGAACUGUCAGCUCGUUCGGGCAUGGUACCAUUUCAUCUCUUGGGAGUUGGGUGCGAGGACAUAUUUCCUGGGGCGCGGAACCGGGACGUGAAUGAAGGGGUAGGACGGUGGGAUGCGAAGCGACAAGAGCGCAAGGCACCAACGCCCAGGCCUCUGAACAGCGCUGCGAUGGGAUUUACUCUAAGCGAUGCCCUACAACGAUCCCAUGUAUCCGCAGAUAUUGAUUGAGCUCAUCUCAACCAACAAGUCCCGCAAUCGAGCACCACCCCCCACCGCAAUCGCGCAAUGAUCCCAUGUCUUUCGAGGAGGCCCUCGAGGCUGACGGAUCCGCAAUUUUCCAGCCGUCCGGUACGAUAUAGGCUCAGACAUGCAUAGAGCUCUCAACGCGCUGCAAUAUCGCGGCCGUCACUUUUGCCUGGAUCGGCGGUCGUACGGCGCGCAGUAGUACUGGGGUGC